GCAGAAUAUCAGCAUUUCAUUCCGCAAUUCAUUUUGAGAAAUUACUCCUACCCACUCAAAUGUCCAAAUGCUGAGAAGAAGGGAAAGAAAAAGUGCAAAUGCAAGCAUGAAAAAGGCAAAUACCCUGGAGAUCUCGUUACGAAUUGUGUGGAUCUGACUCUUUCUCCUUUCCGACUGGAGACUUAUUCGGUGAAACGCAUAUUUGGGGCCCCCAAUAUGUACAAUGACCCAGCCAAAGCCACGUCAGAUGAGCAACGCCGCAUUGAAUGCAUGUUUAGCAAAAUGGAAUCACAUGCAAGCAUCCUGUUUCGCCGCAUUGUCAAAACCCACGAAGAAGGUAGCACAGUCGUGACACUUACAAGAAUUGAACGAAAUUUGAUUCGCAAGUUUCUAUUUCUGUUGAAGUAUCGCGGCUCCGGGUUUCAUCAACGAUUUUAUCAUGACAAGCCUGAGGAUUACUGCUCUAAUGAUCGAGAGUUGCUUCUCGAAUAUAUGAGGGAGCACCACUUUUCCACACCGAGGGAUGUUUGGUAUCAUAACCUGGAAACAAUCAUGAACUUGGAAAUGGACUCUGAGGGCAAGUGGAUGGCAAAACUCCUACAAAACAUGUUUCCUGACGAUGCCCUUUGGUUUAUUAUGCAUACUGAACAGUAUUAUAUGGCCAUAUGUACUACUUCUGAGGUGGCGGAUGAGUUUAUCCUAACGGAGAACUGCUACAAUGUUUUUGAAGGGCCGAAUACUUUCACCAGGAACAAAGACACAGGUCAGGUAACAGGCAGCAGCCACGCUGGAUUUCACCUUUUUGCACCCAUUUCACCCCGUUUAAUCAUCGUUCUACGGUGUCUUGCACUGCCAAGCCCUGAGGAAGACUACCAAUUGGAAGUUAGCCAGGCGCGUCAUGAUGCUCUCUGGUCAUCGUUUCAAAAUAUAUAUGGGCCAGAUUGGAAAUCUUUGUUGGAAGAUUUGCCAAUAAAAAAAUGCAGGAAUAAUUAUUCCGAAAUUAUCAAUGGGGAGGCCCAUCCUCUUGCGGGAUAUGAUGGGAAACAUCGGCCAACCGAUAAAUUUCAUUUUACUUAUCAUCCCAUCGGAAGUGAAUAUGUUAACAUUAUAAACAACAUAUUUCUGGAGAACGCAUACAAUACUAGCUUAAUCGCCUACCGAAACCAGGAAAACAUCAAGAGAAUACUGGAGUCUUAUAAUAGCGCCCCUUGCGAAUCAUUCAAGAUCGUGGGUGGUGAUGACUCGGAUAGUCGAUAUGCAUAUCUACGAGGGAUAGAGACACUGGUCAAGCUCCAGGGCUCUAAAAAAUCCCUUGUGUGG